AUGGUGGCCGGAGGAGAAGCAGAGCUGAGACGGCGGCGGCUGCGCGGCGGGCUCGUCAGAGCGCAGAUGGUGGCACCUGCCGUAUCCACUCUUAAAUUGGCGACGCUGGAGGAGCAGUCUCAGGCACUCCGGGUGGAGGUCAAAGGCGAGCUGCAAGCGAGUCUGACGCUGAUCGCGCAGGUUUUGCAAGCCCAGAUGGAGGACAUUGAGGUGUCCAUCGUGGUGCGCAUGCGGCGCAAUACUGCUGCCCAUGAACUCGACGUGCCAGUGGAUCUCGCGCCAGACGCGUGGCAACCGCAGGACCCCGAGGGCCUGCGCCGCACCACCACGCCGACGGGGGGCACCGUGCGCCUGGCCACGGGGCACAUCCCGGCCACGAGCAGCAGCUGGGUGCCCGUGGCGGGCCCCAGCGUCGUGGCCGGCGCCCGCGGCGGGGGCCGCGGGCCGGCCGAGGACGCGGCAUGGCCGGCGCCCGACUGGAACCCCGCAGAGGGCGUCUGGAGCUCCGACGGCCGCUUCUUGUACACCCUUGGUCUGAUCGAUUUGCUGAUCCCUUACUACUGGAAGAAGAAGCUCGAGGCGGCUAGCUACGAGGUCAUCUACUGCGGCAGCACCGCGUCGGCCUCCGCCGUGGCCCCCGAGGCGUACGCCGAGCGGCAGGCCGACAUGAUGGCGAGGAUCUGCAAGAUCAAGAGCCAGCGCUCGGACGACGAGGAGGACUCACCGCCCUGA